CGGGUGUAAAAAUCGGUCGGUGUCCCAACCGCGUAUGCAAGCAGCUUCUGAUCCUUAAUAACCAAGUAGCCCCUGAAAAGAAAGCCCACGCGUAUCCAGAAAACCCUAAAACCCCGUAUCCCCUCUCUGGUCUCCCUUCGCUUAUCUCUCUCGCAACUCUUCGGAUCUAAUCGUCUCCUGAUCUAGAGCGCUCCAGCAUCCGACUUGUAAUCUGAUUUCGAUGACUACUACUUUGGAUAUGUCCCUUGAUGAUAUGAUUAAGAGCAAAAGGGGUAAUCGUGAUAGAAACAGAGAACGUGGCAGGGCUCCUCGCGGUGGUCGUGGCCGUGGCGGCCGUGGGUCCCGUGGGUCUUUUAUGGGUGGAAGAAUGACAGGGGCAGUUCGGAGAGGUCCUCCCCCCGCAAUAAAUACUCGACCAUCUGCCCACACCAUUGCCAAGUCCUUCCGCAGAACCAAGCGUUUUCCGUGGCAGCCAGAUUUGUUUGAAGAAAGCCUUAGAGCUGCAGGGAUUUCAGGGAUUGAAAUCGGCACAAAAUUAUAUGUGUCGAACUUGCACUAUGGAGUGACAAAUGAGGAUAUAAGGGAACUCUUCUCUGAGAUCGGAGAGCUGAAGCGAUAUGCAGUUCAUUUUGAUAAAAAUGGACGACCAAGUGGCUCAGCUGAAGUGGUUUAUACCAGAAGAAGUGAUGCAUUUGCAGCAUUGAAACGCUAUAAUAAUGUCCUAUUGGAUGGGAAGCCUAUGAAGAUCGAGAUUGUUGGUGCCAAUGAGGGAAUGCCAAUUUCUGCACGUGUCAAUGUGACAGGAGUACAAGGAAGAAAGAAGAGGACAGUUGUAAUGACGCCCAGACCUGGUCAUGCUGGUGGCUAUGCUUUGCCUGCGGUUAAUCGUGGUCCUGGCCCUUCUAGGAGCACUCGUGGAGGGAUCAGGAAUGGCCGUGGAAUUCCACGUGGUCGUGGUCGUGGUCGUGGGCGUGGGCGUGGGCAUGGACAAGGACCUGAGAGGAAGAAACCUGUUGACAAGUCAGUUGAUGAACUUGACAAGGAACUUGAUAGCUAUCAUGCAGAAGCCAUGCAAACUUAGUUAAAUGAAGCUGUGGAAGUUGCCAGUAUUAAUCAAUAGUAGCUAUGCUAUCUGUACAAAAGUGGCCAAUUGUAAUUUUGGGAAUACUAACUAAUUCUGCUCGAUUUCGCCAUGCUUUGAAUUCUAGGCAAGUAAAUUUAGAGGAGUUGAAGGCUUUAAGCUGUUGGUUGAUUUUGAAACUCUGGUUUUGUUCUGAAAUCUAUUUGCUUCAUGAAUAAACCCGGUUUGUGUUGUUUUCCUUUAAAGCCGUUUAGUCUACUUAUUCAUAGAGUCA